UGGCUAUUCCCCUCCCCCUCCUGCCCCGGGGACUGGACGGGAUAGUUGGGCUGCAGUGGAAGCAUCGUUUUGUGGAUGUGUGGCCUGAAUUUCCCUCUAUGUUUUGUGGUAGGAGACUGCUACUUCAUGUGUGUCAUAUAGAUAACAUUGUGCUCAUGCUUGUGGGUUCUGCACAACACCUCAAAAUGCAAGUCAAUAGAUAAUAAAGUCAUGUGAUCAGGGGGCUGUCAAAAGAAGCUUCGAUACAAGGUUUUGUUGUAUAAACACUGGCAUACAAAGCUGAACAAUUGGGAUAUCCUGAAUUUUUUUACUUGACAUCAUGGCUACUGGACUGACAAAUGUAGGGCAUGCCUUUGGAGGGCCGCCCACAUCAAGUACCUUCCAAAGCACGUCUGUUGAUGACGACGAUGAUGUUGUUUUUAUUGAGCCUGUGCAAGUUGCGCAAAACACUGUUCCAGUUGAUCAGAGAAAUGUGGGAUUCCGUAGGGUGGAAGCCAAAUCUGUUUCAUCCACCAAGGAUUUGGAUUCUCUUAAAGGCACAAUAAGUGAAACCAUAAUCAUUGAUGAUGAGGAAGAUUCCGAACUUAAUCAAGUACAAGACAAAAAUGCUUCCAGCUUAAGAUCUAUGGACUCAAAUAGAUCAAACACGGAUUUCUCUACCCCUACUGGUUUCUCAAGAAACAAAGGAAGUACUGGAAUGAUGAAUGUGGGUAUAACAACUGAGCCAGACUCUGAAAUACAAAUAGCAAAUGUUACUACUUUAGAGACUGGUAUAAGUUCUAUGAGUGACAGCCAUGUUCAAAAUGUGGAGGGUCGUGAUAUGAACCUUAUGAUUACUCAUGUGACAUCUUUGCAAAACCCUAGCUUGGCACAGGUGCCUAAUGGUGUAAAUGUACAAACUUAUCCUCCUCCUCCUGGCUCCCAGUCCAAGACUGCAAUGGGACCUUACAAUCCAGGAAGAAUUAAUGUGAGUGGAGAGGUUUUUCAGAAUGGUGAAUCUGCAACUCACCCGAAUCCUGACUCUUGGAUAUCCCAGUCUGCUUCGUUUCCAAGGAACCAGAAGCAGCCAGUUGUAGAUUCUUUGUCGCCAGUGGCUUCUCUACCAAAACAGGUUAUGCAGCCUUCACCGCAGCAACAGCAGCCUUCGAAAGCUGUAAAAGUUACUUGUGCAAACUGCAAAAAGCCUCUACAGAAGGGCCAGACUGCCUAUCAGCGAAAAGGUUCUACUCACCUGUUUUGUUCUACGGCUUGCUUGUCGUCAUUUUCACACAAACCUGCCCCAAAGAAGCUCUGUACUAUGUGUAAAAAAGAUAUUACAACAAUGAAAGGUACCAUUGUUGCGCAAGUUGAUUCAAGUGAAUCCUUUCAGGAGUUUUGUAGUACAUAUUGUUUGUCAGUCUAUGAAGACAAGCAAAAUUCUGCCAAGAACCAAAACAAAUCGAGAUGCACAAUCUGUGGCAAACUUACAGAGAUUCGCCAUGAAGUUAGCUUUAAAAAUAUGACUCAUAAGCUGUGCAGUGAUCACUGCUUCAAUAGAUACAGGAUGGCAAAUGGUUUAAUCAUGAAUUGCUGCGAACAGUGUGGAGAAUACUUGCCAAGUAAAGGAGCUGGAAAUAACAUACUUAUGGUUGAAGGCCAGUGGAAGAGAUUUUGCAGCCCAGUCUGCCUCAGCGAUUUUAAGAUGAAACAUGGCAAAUUAACAAGUUGUACGGGAUGCAAAGCUCAGUGCAGAUGCUUUGAUAUGACUCAGUGCAUUGGAACGAAUGGACACAUGGAGCCAUACUGUUCAACUGUGUGCAUGAAUAAUCAUAAGGCAAAACUUGUGAAACCUCAGAAUAUGGGAAUUAUUUGUCAUUUUUGUAAAAGAAAUUCUUUACCUCAGUAUCAAGCCACAAUGCCUGAUGGGAAAAUGUACAACUUCUGCAGUUCUAACUGUGUAGCAAAGUUCCAGACUCUUAGUAUGCAAUCAACUCAAAAUGGUCAGCAUUCAAGUACAAGUGAUAUCCAGCUCAAAUGCAAUUAUUGUAAAAAUGUGUUUUCUUCUAAACCAGAAACACUGGAAUGGGAGAAUAAGGUUAGUCAGUUUUGCAGCACUAAUUGCUGUGAGGAUUAUAAGAAACUUCACUGCAUUGUUACAUAUUGUGAAUACUGCCAGGAAGAAAAAACCUUGCAUGAUACAAUGAAAUUCUCUGGAGUAAAAAAGCCAUUUUGUAGUGAGGGUUGUAAGCUUCUAUAUAAACAGGAUUUUGCUAGACGACUGGGAUUGAAAUGUGUGACUUGCAAUUAUUGCUUUCAGAUGUGUAAGAGAGGAGCAACUAAGGAGUAUGAUGGGAUGCUGAGAGAUUUCUGCAGUGAGGACUGCAGUAAAAAGUUCCAUGAUUGGUACUACAAGGCUGCAAGGUGUGACUGCUGUAGAACUCAAGGAGUCCUGAGAGAAAAAGUUCAGUGGAGAGGAACUAUAAAAAACUUUUGUGAUCCGCAGUGUUUAUUGCGUUUCUAUAGCCAGCAAAAUGAACCUAAUAUGUCUACUCAGAAGGGACCUGAAAACAUGCAUUAUGAUCAGGCCAUUCCAUCCUCAAGGACAAGAGCUGUGGGAAUAAACUCUUCAACUCCUGCAGUGUCAAAGGAUAUGAAGAAUAAAGCAGUUUUGUGCAAACCCCUAUCAAUGACAAAGGCUACUUAUUGCAAGCCUCACAUGCAAACAAAGACUUGCCAGACAGAGGAAGAUGAUAAAUUAAAUUCUGAUUCAGAGGAGAAACUGAAGCAGGAUCCAGAGGAGAAACUGAAGCAGGAUCCAGAGGAGAAACUGAAGCAGGAUCCAGAGGAGAAACUGAAGCAGGAUCCAGAGGAGAAACUGAAGCAGGAUCCAGAGGAGAAACUGAAGCAGGAUCCAGAGGAGAAACUGAAGCAGGAUCCAGAGGAGAAACUGAAGCAGGACCCUGUUGAGAUAAUAAAGCACGUUCCAGUACCUAUUCCUGUACCAGUGUUUGUGCCGGUACCUAUGCAUCUAUACUGUCGGAACAUUCCAACACCCACAAUUAUUCCAAUUCCAGUGCCUGUUCCAGUUUUUCUACCUUCUGAUGUAGAUAGUAUUGAGAAAGUAUUUGCUGUAGAGGAGUCAAAGACUAAGAGUCCCUUGCAUCCUACCGAGUUAGAAUCUAACUUAACACUUUUUUCGGAGCCAGUUGUGGAAGAGCCAUUAGUUUCUGAAGAUAUUUCUGACGAAGAGGUAGCAGAAAAGGAGACCUUGAAAAGCUGUAGUACAGAAAGCCCAGCAGCAUUGUCAGAUGCACCUUUUGAGCCAGAUCUAGACAUUGUACUUGAUUUUCCUCAAGGGGAGGAGGUGACAGAAAAGGAGAUCUUGGAAAGCUGUAGUACAGAAAGCCCAGCAGCAUUGUCAGAUGCACCUUUUGAGCCAGAUCUAGAUAUUGAACUUGAUUUUCCUCGAGACGAAAAAGUGGUGGAAAAGGAGAUCUUGGAAAGCUGUAGUACAGAAAGCCCAGCAGCAUUGUCAGAUGUACCUUAUGAGCCAGAUCUAGAUAUUGAACUUGAUUUUCCUCGAGCUACAGAGGAGCUUGAUACAGAAAAUGAGUUUCUUUUACCACCUGUGUUUGGAGAGGAAUAUGAGGAACAGCCUAAACCGCAAGCCCUUAAAAAGGGAAAAAAGCGAAAGGCUAUAUUGGAUUUCCAGACUCAUGAUGAUUGUUCAGAAAAUUCAGAAAGUAGCUUUCCGUUUAAGUAUUGCUAUGGUGUUAAUGCUUGGAAACAUUGGGUCAAAACGCGGAAGGUAAAUACUGAUGACUCAGAGGAAUCAAAUUCUACCAUUUCAGUUAAAUUAAAAGAAGAUAUUUUAUUGCACCCACCAAGUGACCUCAACUAUUGGCUUUCUCAAUUUGUAAAUGAGGUCCGAAGACCAAAUGGAGAAAACUAUGCACCUGACAGCAUUUAUUAUCUUUGUCUUGGGAUUCAAGAGUUUCUGACUGGCAGUAAUAGAAAGGACAAUAUAUUUGUUGACUCAGACUAUCAAGAUUUUGCUGAGGAGUUCAAUAAAAUCAUAAAAUCGUGGCAACCUAGUAUUCUUCCUGACGGUUCUAUUUUCUCUCGACUUGAAGAAGAUUAUCUUUGGCAGCUUAAUCAACUUGGAUCCCAUUCCCCUACGACCUUAUUAUUCACCUUGUUCUAUUUCAACACAAAGUAUUUUAAUUUGAAGACAGUAGAACAGCACAUGCGACUUUCCUUUGGCACCGUUUUUAGACAAUUGAAAAAGAACCCUCUCACUAAAGAAAACAAGGCUUGUCUUCAAUAUCAAGUUUCAUCACUUUGUGAAAAUGAUAGUGAAGGUAAAAUUGAGAUUGGUAAAAGAAAACAUGAGGAUGAUGAGCCAGUAUUUGAACAAAUUGAAAACACAGCUGACCCCUCGCGAUGUCCUGUAAAAAUGUUUGAAUACUAUCUUUCUAGAAGCCCACAAAAUCUAAAUCAAAGGAUGGAUGUCUUUUAUUUGAAACCUGAAAGCUCUGCUUCCGCUGACUCCCCUUUUUGGUAUACAUCAACUUCAUUAGAUCGAAACACUUUGGAAAAUAUGCUUAUACGGGUUCUACUAGUAAAGGAUAUUUAUGAAAAAAAUAGUUAUGAACUGGAUGAAGAAACUGACUAAACUUUCGGGAUCACUAAGCAGUCACAACAAAUGAAAACAGCAUUAGAUAGUCAUGCUGCUAGAACUUAUUAAUAAAAAUUAAGAGUAAAACAUGUUUACUCCCCAUAUAUUUUAUGAGUUUUGUAGCAGUGCAACCGGGUUGGAUAUUACAAUGUAAAUAUGCGUGUGACAUUUGCCAUUUUCCUUGUAGUGGAUUUUAGGAUACAUUAACACACGGCUCAUUUUUUUAUUAUUUAUUUGAUUAGGUAUGUUUGUAACUUUUUACAUUAUAAAAUCUGAAUGAGGACGUGCCAUGUGUUUGUUUUUCUUUUUUUUUUUUUCUUUUUUUUUUUCUUUUUUUGUAAAAAUUAUUAUACAUAUUGCACAAUUUGUUUUCAAAGCUUCCUUAAAAACAAAGCUUUUACCAGGUUUUGACAUCUAAGGGUUGUGUAUGGGUAGCACUACUAAAAUUUAGAAUGCCGUGUCUAAAGAUUUUAAAAUUGAAAGUAAACUAAUAGGGAUUUGUUUUUAUUUUUGUUUGAAAAAAGCCCUAUUAGCUGAUGUAGAAAGUCUAUCUUCUGUACCAAAAAUUAGGCCUGAGAAUGCUGUCAGUAUUUGUGUACUGUAAUUGUUUCUAUACAUGUGAAAAAUCUUUUUUCUCUCCUUUCCCUCCUCCCUCACAUUAAACAAUUACCAUGUUCUUUC